GCAGUUGCCACAACAACUCACAUUUCCCAGAUACAUUUCGACGUUGCUCUCCUGUAUCCCUAGGACUUGCCUUCUCGCAGGUUUCCGGAGGUCGAAGAGGAGGAGAAGAUGGUGGCUCCAAAUUUCGGAAUCGAGAUGGUGACGAGUCAAUCCGCAACGCUGGGCCAAGACUGGCAGGCUGUGGGGAAUGCUUUGAGUAGCUUGUGUUCUCAUGCCGUGGUCGCUCUUUCCUUCGGCUACACGUGGGGCGUCAUUUUGCAGUGGCUCGCCGUCAUUGCAGCCAUAUACUUGUUAGUCUUAGACAGAACUAACUGGAGGACCAACUUGCUUACCGCCCUCCUCGUCCCCUACUUGGCCCUGCAACUCCCAGAGCCUAUCUUCAACUUCCUAAGGGGUAAUGUGGGUCUGUGGAUUGCCUUCAUUGCUGUUGUGAUCCGCCUCUUCUUCGCUUCCCAAUUCCCCAAUGUCAUCCACGGUGAUUUGGAGUUGCCUGGUGCGUUCAUUCUGCUCAUCGUUACUGCACCUAAGUUUCUCGUUAACCACCGCACCGGCAUCUGGGGAGAGAUCGUCUCCGUGAUCAUUGGUGCCUACCUUCUGGUGCAACACAUCAGCCAAGCUGGAGGCUGCCGUCCCGCAUUCUCAGAAGCCCGCGGCAUUAGCCACACCAUCGGUAUCAUUCUGUUAUUCGUGGCCCCCCUUUAUGCUAUCAUCACCAUCUGGUAACUGUGCCUGCACAGUUAACACUUGGCGUGGAACGUUCAAACAAAUUGUUUUUGACGUGUCCAACGUGGAGGUUGGUUGUUACAACAUUCCAGUAUGAAUAGAUCAUCAUGUUAACAAUUGAGAUGAUGGUUAUUAAUUUGCGUUCCUUGCCGCGGAGUUACAACGGAAAGAGCUGGUGCCUACAUGUGAAUAAAGUUGUAGUGUAUAUUAUUUACAGCAUAUAUAUAUGCAUAAUGGUGCAGAUGUACAACGCAUAUUCUGGUAUAAAGCAUGUUGACAGAGUAAUAAUGAGAAGGACAUAUACAAGCAGAAAGAUCUGUGAAUGAACGCUUCACACGAUUUUCGACCGUAGAAGACAGUGCUAAACAUUUGCCGUAUAUGAUAACGUGCGAAAAGUGAAUAGAAAAAAAAUUAUAUUCUGAUAACUAUAUCAAUAUUUGAAAUAAGAGAGAGCUACUAUUGCAUAGCACGAA